AUGGAGAAAUUCAAAGCAGCCAUGGUUCUGGGUGCUGCUGGGGAUGCCCUGGGCUACAGGAAAGGUCGUUGGGAAAGUUGUAUCUCUGGAAAGAAGAUUCAAGAGGAACUGGCUUCUCUGGGGGGACUUGGGACCCUAAAACUGGACCCUGAUAACUGGCCCCUGAGUGAUGCCACGCUGAUGCACAUGACCACAGCAGAAGCACUUAUAACAGGUCAGAUAUUUGUUUCAUAUCAGCAGAAUUCACACACAAAUGAUAUGUCUUUUCCUUGUUUUAAAAUGUGAAAUAUAAUUGACGUCGAUCCGGCUCCAGGUGUUGGUGCUUUCUACUUUUAGAAGGACCAGAAUAGCUUCUUAUAUACCGUCAAAGGAAGCUGCUAAUCACUUACUGGCAAAACAUCUCUGAAUGAAAAACCCUGCUGACAUACCCAUAAUCCAUCCCUGCUAGUGGUCAUCAUAGAAAAAACAUCAGAGACUUUAUCCGGGAUGCCCUCACUCAAGAGUCAUUUCAAGCCCUCUGUGGGGAAGCCAGGAGUUACCAGGACAGAAAAGUCCAAAAUAGACUACUUUGGAAAAACUGAUCCUCGGCUCCCCUUUACUGAACAAUAGCAGCUCGGUAAUCUACCGGUAUCGUGUUUGGCUACAGAUGUGGAUCAUGGCCAGAGACAGCAGUCCUGUGAAUAGGCGAUGACAACUUUGGAGAUUAGAAAGCCCAGUUUAGACACAAUGCCUGCACACAAAGACAUGCACACAUUGUAAUAAAUCGUAACAGCCGAACAUAUGGUGACAAAGGAAUUCUGUCUGAGGCUCUUUAGCGCUCAUUGAAUUGGCAUGACACAGUCUUACACGAGAUACAAAGACGAAGGCACAAACCCAUUUUCUACUCUCUCUUUGAAGAGUCAUGUGAGAAAAUAAAGAAACACACCCGGACAAUUUCAAGUCGAUCCUCCUUCACCCCCUGCCUGAACUGCAGUCCAGUCUGCAGGGUGAAGAUGUCUCUAAUCUAAAGACAACCGAGAUCACCAAGUUAAAGCUGAUGCUCCAUCAACAUGGGCUCCCUCUCUCUGUUUCAAACACAUACAGUACACAAACAAACACAUUCUAGCAGGAUGGCUGCGGGCUGUCAUGGAGGAUCCCAGUUGACCUCUUGGUGUGUGGAAGUGACUCCACUCACUCCGAGGCAUUCUGGUCCUAAUCUGUGGUGCAGCAGGCUGAAGCUAAACUUAGCCCGCCACAGUACCACUCAUCUCGUCUUGCAUGCCAGUCAUCUUACUCUGUGUGUGUGUGCGUGUGUGUGUGUGUGUGUGUGUGUGUACAGAUUACUGGUGCUUGGAGGACCUGUACCGGGAGCUGGUGCGUCUCUACGUUGAGGCCAUGGUGUCUCUCCAGGGCAGAGCUCCAGAUCCUGCAACAGUGGAGGGCUGUGUUCACCUCAAACCUCACAACUUCCUGCUCGCCUGGCAUACACCGUUUAAUGAAAAAGGCGAGAUGAAACUGAAGAUUUUGAAACUCUCGAACUACAUCACAUAAACAUGUAUGUUCUGACGUGCACAUAUGUACAUGUUCAGGGUCGGGCUUUGGUGCAGCAGCCAAGGCCAUGUGUGUCGGUAUGAGAUACUGGCAGCCUGAGAGACUGGACAGCCUGGUGGAGGUCAGCAUUGAGGUUGGAAGAAUGACCCACAACCACCCAACAGGUGACAAUAUUAGCACUUUCUAACCUGAUUAUGAACUGUUAAGUGUCUUUAAGCAUCUCACCUGCAAGUUUUAAUACACACCUAAUUGGUCUUCACUACUGGUGUUGCUCUUUGUUUCAGGCUUCCUCGGCUCGCUGGCAUCAGCGCUGUUCGCAUCCUACGCCAUCCAGGGGAAACCUGUUGUGACUUGGGGCCGCGAGCUCAUAAAGGUCAUUCCUCGUGCUGAGGAGUACUGUAGAAAGACCAUUCGACACAUGUCGGGUGAGGCCUGUUGGUGUUAAAACCCAAUAAAAACAAACAAAAUGAUGUAUUUUUCAGUACAUGUGAAGAUGACUUUGAAUGCAUCCCAGAAAGCACGACUAUCAGGAUUGUAAUUGUAUUUUCCUGUGCAGAGUAUCAGGAAAACUGGUUUUACUUUGAGGCCAAGUGGCAGUUUUACCUUGAAGAGAGAGGAAUUGAGAAUGAGGGACAGAACAAAGCCUCAUUCCCUGACUCAUACGAUGCUGAGGAGACAGACAAGGUAAAUAGCUGUGUAUAUUUACAUCAGGAACUCUGGUUCUUAAGGAGCCCCAGGUGUGGACAAAGAUAUGGUUUUUAUGUUUUGUAUUCAAAUAGUAUUUUAACAGAAUGAACAACAUAAAGAAAACAAAACAAUGAUGGAAAUUGAGAAGAUGGUUCAGACCAGUUCCAACUUAGUAUUGGGAAUAUACAAAAAUACCACACAAUCCAAAGUUCGGUUGUUCAAAAACACCAUAAAAUCCAAGUUUGCCCAUUCUCCUACUCCUACAGGUGGUUCUUAUCCUACCGCACUUUUCUGGGGUUAGCUCGCCAUCUGGUUGAGUUGAUUGUUGACAUUCUGGUUAAAUUUAUAGUUGUGAUUAGAGUGAAGUUGAUAGUGAUGAUCUACAGUCCAGUACAAAAUCCUAACCUAAAAAAAAGGCCAAAACAUAAAUGAAUAUCAUUUUAAUCAAAAGGAAAUUAUUCACUAUUUUUAGAGUUAACACAGAAAUUCAAUGUAUGUAUAACACACAAGCAAUAUAUAUUACUGAAUAUCCAAUAUUCAAGUACUCAAUCAAAAGAAAGUAUCAAUAAUUCAACUUAUUAGGACUUUACACAUUUCCAAAAAAUCAAAUAGUUACAUACCCAAGCAGAGAUAAAUAACAAUCUAUUUGCGCAACAUUAAUAUAAAUCAUGGAGCUAUUAUCCAUUGAUCGAGUUCAGCCUCAACCAAAACUCACUGCAGUUCAGCAUGUAUCUACUAAAAGCUGCUCAAAAUUAACACGUCAUGAAGAAACUGUUGCCUUUAGGUUAAUAGGUCAAAAAUAACUCUUAAUAGAAGCAGUUUCUUGUUGUUUUCUGUCCACACAGAUGUAUAAACGCUGGAGCUCAGAGGGCCGUGCAGGUCGAAGAGGUCACGAUUCUCCUAUGAUCGCUUACGAUGCUCUUCUAGCUGCAGGCAGUGACUGGGCUGAACUGUGUAAACGAGCCAUGUUCCAUGGAGGUGAGAUCUUCGAGCAUGCUGCACCUGCAAGACAUUUAAAACCCAGACAUGCAGAUGAUUACUGUGACAUCUGUGAAAAUGCUCUCGAUUUUAGGUGAAAGUGAAGCCACAGGCCUGAUCGCGGGGUGUCUCUACGGUCUCAUGCAUGGCCUGAAUCAAGUUCCCCAAAACCUGUACCAGGAUUUGGACAAAAAAGAGCGCCUGGAGGAACUGGGAGAAGCGCUUUACAAAGCAGCAUCUGCAGAGAAGUGCAUAGACAAGUAAUUAUGCUCUUCACUGGCCUGCGCCCUGCUGGCUGCACAGAGGAACUGCACAUGACUCUAAAACUGCCUGCCUUUAUCCUACACUACCCUCUUGUCCUUCUACACACUCAUCUUCUAUAAACUGAAACAGCUUAAUUGCCUCAGUUGGCAGCUGCAAAACAUACUUUUUAUAACUGCAAGUAUUUACAUGGGGCAACUGUGCUCAGUUAAAGUCCUCCUUUCAGUGCUUGUUUUCUGACAGGCUCACAUUGUUCUCAAAUGUCUGACAACAUCACAGGAAGGAUAUAAACAGAGACAGGAUUUCUCAAAUUUAACAACCUAAGGAUAAUUUCUUCUCUGAAAUCCUGUUGUAAAACUAACCAGUAUUAACAUGAAGCUCAUAGUGAUGUUGUUGGAAAAUACUGUGCAAACUUAAAACAGAGCUUAUCUGGUUUUUAAAAAAAUUCUCGACACAGAAAUUUUCAGUUUUUUUCAAUCUGGAUUUAUCUUUUGAUGCAUGUAACGUUUUAAAAAUUUGUCAUGAUUUUAACUUGAUGGCAUUACAUGACUGAGUUAUAUACUGUGAUCUAUUUGCACUGUGAUGCUCUUAUCAGGUUGAGUGUCCUAUAUUGUUUAAGUGCUAUAACAUGGUGAAAAUUCAUAUGAUAUCAAUAUUAAAAUGAACUAAGAUAACAAGAUGCAUGAAGUGCCUGUCUCUUUGUCUGUUUGAUAUCUUAAUUUUCUACCAAAAAUUGUCUUCUUGCUACACAACCCUCCUCUACAACACCCUCAACUAAUCUGUAACAUGUUCACUGUGCAGGAACAUUUAAUAGAAUAGUAUAGAAUUGUAUCUUUAUUAUUGUAGUUUGUCUGCUGUUCUGCAAACCUGGGAUAAUUAUUGUUUUUUUUCUAGUUCUAGUUGAAGCAAUGCUCAUAACCUUUAAAAUUCACCAGGGGAACAUAAUACUUUAGAGCACCUGUGAGGAAUCUUCUGCUGACAGUGUAAUAGAGUGAAAUUAAAACUGGCAUCUCUGUAUUAUCAACAAAAACAAACAAGACCAUAGGAGGGGAGAUUGAAAUUUCCAUUAAGUUAUUUAAUAAGCCUGUAAUCCCUGCCGGGGGGUAAGUGUCCAUUUAUCAUGCUGCAGAGACACCUUUUUAAAAACUAUUAGAAUGACAUUUUAAUAAAAGCUGGAGGACGUUUUUCGUCAAAAAACACGACCUUUAUGUGUACAGAAAAAAGUCAGCUGAGAAAAAGCUUCCCUGUUUUGUUCAGAGGAUGUGACAAAUUUAACAUAAUGUGAACGUCACUCCAAGGAAAAAGUCCUUACUGGGACGACCAUAUUUUGAUUGUUGACAUAUAGGUUUAAGAUAUAAAGAGCUAACUUUGAAUGAAACAGAACAGUGAUCCGGCCGUGUAAUCCAAAACUGCUAAACUGGGGGAUUUGAUUGUUCCCUUCAGGAAAGUAAGCUCUGUACUGGCAACAUGAAAAUCUACAUUACGGUUGCUGUUAAUCUUUUUUGGUUGAAUAAUCCAAACAUAUUUAGUUUCAUUUAAAUUUGAAAUGAAAUAAAGUUGAAUGCAACCAUUCAAUGGUAAAAACAUACUUCAAAUUGUCUUCCAUCUGGAAACAGUGAUUCUCCAUUCUGACAUCUAGAACUGCCACUUACAUGCAAGAGUGCAUUUAUUUCUCCUCUGCUGUCAAUAUCUGUAAGUAGUGAGAUAUGUUAAGCUGCAGUUGCAACAGGGAUUAAAUUCUGCAUGUCCUCCACUCUCCAUAGAUUAGAUUCUUGGAAAACCAGUAUCUGCAUUGAUGCCGGUAUGUUGAGGAAGUUGGUAAGAGACCGCAACUGUCGCCCUGUCCUCCGAGGGAUUCUGGAGACUCUCCUGCACUACCUGACUCAUGAUCUUCCAAGGCUGAGCACCAGAAACCAGGAGGCUCCUGGGUCGGAUAUUGUUGUUGAAAGGUUUGCAGACUGGCCUGAUCAGAAAAUUAAGACUGCAGAGAAGCAGAAUCAACUUGAGACAAGUUGCACUUUUGUUGACCUAAAGGAAAAACCUGACAUGACCUUUGAGGAGAAUGCCAAGACGCGUUCCAAGACCAAUCCAGAUUCACAAAAACAGGAAGGAGGUCCAAAAGCAGGAAACUUAAUUUCCAGACGCCUUACAACAUUCCAGAUCCUCCAGUCCAAAUUUACAAGAUCCACACCCAAACCCCCUCUCACCCACCAGCGGGAGGUAGGAACUCUUUUCCUAAGCAAAGUACAUGGAGGUAAUGUGAACCACUGCAAAGACGGUGAGCAAGACAUGCAUCUGAAGGCUCGCACUGGAAGAGAAAAAGGGCUGAAAAGGGGAGGCAGUGUGAAAAAUAUUGUAGCAAAGUUUGCCGUGGCUGACCAGAAAGAAAAAGGACAAAAUAUGUCCAAGAAACAGCCAGUCAAACCUAGACUCAUUGGGAAAAGGAUCCUCCUGACAUCCUUGAUGGGAAGGUUUGAGACCAUGGCGACUGUAACUAGGGCAAGUGACUUGAAGUGUUCACAAGAAAGGCCGGCUGAGGGGAUCAAGAUAAUAAGUAACGUAAAAGAGAGGGUAGCAUGUCAUGAAAGACAACACCAACAAGCAGCUGAACAAGCUCUUCAAAUACAAAACCGGGUCAGACAAAUAAAAAGUAAACCUGUUGGACGGCAAUCAAAAGAGAGAAAGACUGAGCAAGAAAAAAGAUCCAAACAAGGAGUGGAUGUUUCACCUAAAGUAGACUCGAAUCUGGAAGGAACUAAAGAUUUAAAACUGAAGCAAAAAGAGGAUGUUUCACCAGAAGUAGAUCCAAAUCUGGAAGAAGUUAAAGAUUUGAAACCAAAGCAAAAAGAGCAUGAAGAAGAUGUUUCACCAGAAGUAGACUCAAAUAUGGAAGGAACUAAAGAUUUAAAACUGAAGCAAAAAGAGGGUGUUUCACCAAAAAGCAAGAAGAACAUGAAGAGGAUGUUUCACCUAAAGUAG